UCUCCAAGUUCAGGGGCUGACUACACUUACAAUUCAGAGCCAUUCCUGAAAAGCUCUGUUUCCACCGAACCGAGGUGGGGAUUCAUAUUUGAACCUGCUGACCCAAUAAACAGAUAAAGAACUUGAAUUUUCGGUUUUUUGUUCGUUGACUUUCAUGGCUUCCAAUGCUUCGGUGGGGAAUACAUGUCCGCCUCCAAUGAAGGCCACAUCAAACGGUGCGUUCCAGGGGGACAGUCCUUUACAUUUUGCACUGCCUCUCGUUAUUUUGCAGAUAUGUAUUGUAGUUAUAGCCACUCGGGGUCUUGCCUAUCUUAUGAAGCCAUUGAGACAGCCACGAGUCAUUGCGGAGAUUGUUGGCGGAAUCCUACUCGGGCCAUCAGCUCUGGGGCGGAACAAAAGUUAUCUCCAGGCAAUAUUUCCACCGAAGAGUAUCACUGUGUUGGACACCUUAGCAAACCUCGGUCUCCUAUUCUUUCUAUUCCUUGCAGGGCUAGAGAUAGAUCCUAAAUCUAUUCGUCAGACUGGAAAACAAGCCCUUGCCAUUGCCGUAGCAGGAAUAACCCUCCCAUUUGCAUUAGGAAUAGGUUCAUCAUUUGUCCUCCGAGAAACCAUAGCCAAGGGGGUAGAUGCUACUGCAUUUCUUGUGUUCAUGGGUGUGGCCCUUUCGAUAACUGCUUUCCCUGUUUUAGCUCGUAUUCUGGCUGAGUUGAAACUCUUGACCACCGACAUUGGAAGAAUGGCUAUGUCGGCUGCAGCAGUUAAUGAUGUGGCCGCCUGGAUUCUACUGGCUCUUGCUGUUGCCCUAUCUGGCAGUAACCAAUCUCCCCUUGUUCCACUAUGGGUCUUCUUGUCCGGGUGUGCGUUUGUUAUUUGUGCAAUUCUCAUUGUUCCUCCAAUCUUCAAAUGGAUGUCUCAACAAUGUCAAGAAGGUGAACCUGUUGACGAGAUCUACGUAUGCGCUACACUAACUGCUGUUCUGGCUGCUGGUUUUAUUACUGAUACAAUUGGAAUUCAUGCCAUGUUUGGUGCUUUUGUGGUCGGAGUUCUUGUACCGAAGGAGGGGCCAUUUGCAGGUGCUCUUGUGGAAAAAGUAGAAGAUCUCGUGUCUGGUCUCUUUCUGCCGUUGUACUUUGUGUCCAGUGGACUGAAGACUAAUGUUGCCACAAUUCAGGGGCUUCAGUCGUGGGGUCUUUUGGUUUUGGUCAUAUUUACUGCCUGUUUCGGGAAGAUUUUUGGGACUAUUGUGGUGUCUCUUUCCUGCAAAUUGCCUGUCCGCGAGGCUUUAGCUCUGGGGUUCCUGAUGAACAGUAAAGGCUUGGUGGAACUCAUUGUCCUCAACAUUGGCAAAGACAGAAAGGUCUUGAAUGACCAGACUUUUGCCAUUAUGGUUCUAAUGGCUCUGUUUACCACAUUUAUCACCACGCCUCUUGUCGUUGCUGUUUAUAAGCCAGCGAAAAGGGGAAGAAUGGCUGAUUACAAGCAUAAGACAAUUGAAAGGAAAAAUACGAACACUCAACUAAGGAUCUUGGCCUGUUUUCAUAGUGCAAGAAACAUUCCAUCCAUAAUAAAUCUGCUUGAGGCCUCACGAGGCACAAACAAGCGCGAAGGCCUUUGUGUCUAUGCAAUGCACCUCAAGGAGCUCUCUGAGAGGUCAUCAGCUAUAUUAAUGGUACACAGGGCAAGAAGAAACGGGUUACCCUUCUGGAAUAAGGGCCAGCAAUCAAAUUCUGACAGCGUGGUUGUGGCAUUUGAGGCAUACCAACAGCUGAGCCGGGUGUCCAUCAGGCCAAUGACUGAAAUAUCUUCAACAUCUGAUAUGCACGAGGACAUUUGUGCCACCGCUGAGAGCAAAAGAGCUGCAAUCGUAAUUCUUCCAUUCCAUAAGCACCAGAGGCUAGAUGGUACACUAGAGACUACCCGAAAUGACUUUCGCUUUGUUAACCAGAGGGUUCUUCAGUAUGCACCUUGCUCAGUUGGAAUUCUGGUCGAUCGUGGUCUUGGUGGAGCUACCCACAUUGCUGCAAGCAACGUUUCUUAUUUCAUCACAGUUCUCUUCUUUGGGGGUCGUGAUGACCGUGAAGCCCUUGCCUAUGGUGCUCGUAUGGCUGAGCACCCCGGCAUCAGUUUAAUGGUCAUUCGCUUCCUAGUGGAACCCGAGCUUGCGGGGGAGAUAUCUAGGAUUAAUAUUGAUGGCAAUGCUAGAACCAAAGUGGGAUCAGUAGAUGAGGAAUUCCUCACUGAGUUCAAGCAGAAAAUCGCUAAGGAUGACUCCGUCACAUACGAAGAGAAGGCAGUCAGAAAUGAGGCACAGACAAUUUCUGUGAUUCGCGAGAUAGGCCGGUGCCAUCUGUUUCUGGUGGGGCGAACACCUGAUGGUGAAGUAGCCUUAGCUUUAAAUAGGAGGAGUGAGUGUCCGGAACUUGGUCCUGUUGGGAGCUUGUUAAUUUCACCAGAUUUAUCUACAUCAGCGUCCGUCUUGGUGGUGCAACAGUACAAUGGUCAGGUAUCGUUGGAUUUGCCCUCGGAGAUGGAGGAAGAGUCACCUGAAAGAGACUGAGAUCGGCCUAGGUGGAUUUCGAAUGUCUUGAGUGACCUUCAGAUUUCUGUACAAGUUAAUGUUCCAGGCAUUCAAAGUUUAGGCUCUCAUCUAAUAAUCAUAGUAGUGUCCUACAAAGUCAGGGAAUUUAGUUGUCGCGAAGUCUUUGUUACGGUUUCAUUAUCUUCAUGGUAACUCACAGAUUCAUAUUUCAGUCCUUUUCAAGAAUAAAUUGUCUCCAUUUUAUC